UUCGAUUUCAAAGAGACGACGUUUGUCUCGUCCUGCAGCUCCGACUCAACCUCUGACAGUCUCUACAGGCCGUCUUUCACCCACUCAGACUCAGUCCUCCAGCGGGACUCUUUCUCCACCACCCCAUCCUCCAAUGAGAGCGAGUUCUCGUCACAGGUACCCUAGUCGAACUAGGCGUGCCACCUCCUCAUCAGCUGGUAAGAAAAUUGAUUGAAGUUCAGUUUUGUUUUUUGUUUUGUUUUUAAUGUUCAGAACAAUAAAAUUAAGUGGUUUUUUUUUUCAGUUGCAGAUGACAUGAUUGACUCAAAUAGUGUUGAAAAUGGCUCUGGUCGUCUUCCGACCAUUCGAGACAUAGAGCAGCGGUCCCGUAAAAAGGGGGUUAGGGGGGCAUGUAAAGCCGUAAAGACCACUCGCAUCGUGCGCACAUCUAAUAAUAGGAUUAAGGUUAUUUUUCAUCCGAAAUAUAAUGAACCUGUGGAUGAGAAGAUAUCUAGCAUGCUAUCACAUGACCUUGGAGCCAUUAUCCGGAACAAAUGUCCAAUGAAUCAUGGAUAUUGGGAAGACGUUCUUGAAGAUAAGAAGAAAGACCUUACGGAUGAGAUCACUGUCAACUUUGAUAUAGACUUGGAUAUUGCUGGUCAUCGUGGUUAUAUUGAUUUAGUCAUGGCUAGGCGUUUUCGGGACUUCAAGCACGAGUUGCAUAAGCACUUUCAGCUUUUCUCAUCUCCUGAGGAGGCUUUGGCCAAACCACCAUUGGAGAUAAUUGAAAGAGAUGCAGUGCAUGAAUGGAAAUAUCUGUGUGAGCACUUUCAGUCGCAAGAUUUUUUGAGAGCAUCAAAUGCCAAUAAAGCAAACCGGUCUAAAAAGAAAAUGGAGCAUCGUGCUGGUUCAUUAUCAUUCUCACACAUUGUGAUGCAGUGUGCAGAGGAGGGUUCUCAAUUUGCAGAGAUAGACGCUUUUGAGAAGGCCUAUGCUGGGAAAAACAAGCAAUGGACCAAUGAGACGGCCAAAGCUAAAUAUGAUGAGAUGGUGGCGAAGAAGAAUGAGUAUCUUAAGGAGUUAGCAAAGGAGUAUCCUGAGGGCACCCCGCUAGAUGAGAUGUCAAUUGCUAAUCAAGAUGUUGGCCGUAAUAUUGUGAUGGAUGUACUUGGGAAGAAGCCAGGUAGGCAGAAACGCAGGUUGGGAUUUGGCCGAGUUCGUGGGUCCAAAACGUCUUCUUCUCCAUCUUUAGCAUCAUCAACUAGGUUGCAACAAUUGGAGGAUCAAUUGGUAGCAGAGAGGACAGCUCGGGAGGCAAUUCAGAAUUAUCUCCAAAAAAUUGUGCAACAGAUAUCAAGCAUAGUUCCCUUGUUUGUACCACCCCCAGCUGAUUUUCUAGUAACACCAGAGACGGAGCAUGUUGAUGAUGAGGAUCAUGACCAUACUUCAUUAGAAUAGUAGUAUUUUGAUAUGUUUCACCUGGCAUAUUUGCUACUCAUAUAUCGUGUUGAGAGCUUUAAACACUUGGUAUUUUGGUAGA